UCUUCGAGCUGCUAGAACACAAAUACCAGGACAUGUGGCUAGAAGAAAGGAGGCGCAGUGAACUGACCAAGAGAGAAAAAGAACACACAAAGAAACAGACAAAUAAUAAGAUAUACGAAACUCGAGCAUCGCUCCUGCGAACUCAUCAGAUCCCAGUUGACCCAGCUCCCCUUUGGCAGAUGCCUAAAUUCCAGGCCAAGGCUUUACCGCACCUACAGACCUUCCGCACCGAAAGAAAACGCCGUGAUGCCUUCGACCACCACGCGUCCGACGGUAUUUCAAGGAAGGGAGUCUUCGGCCAUGGAAUUUAUGAGCCAGCCAAGAGCUAAUGGCGCACGCUCUUAAAACUUUUUUAUAUAUAUAUAUAAAAGACAUUUGUACAUAAACUAAACAAGCAAUGAAAAACUACUAUUUAUUGUUGACUAUACUCAAAUAUUGGUGGUUCCUUUUGGAGACAUUUUUGUAUGGAUUCAAUGGCUACAGUAUUCUUGUCACACCUGAAUAUGAUUUUUGAGUAUUUUUAUCUCGAUAAAAUAUUUUGCCUAAUGGAAAUAUACAAUUAUAUAGCAGAAGAAUAUAUUUUGGAUUUUUGUGCCAUUUUUAGGCCUCCAAAGGGCUUUAAUUUACGACAUCCAGUUUUUCAUAAAUACAUUUUACUCGUCAUAUUGGUGUAUGUUUUGUUCAUUUUAUCCACAAAAAGAUCACAACUGUGAGGUCUAUUUGAAAUCCUAAAUGAUUCUCUUUGUCACGGACAAAUCUUAUCAGACAUUGUUUGGAAAAUAUAUGGUGCACGAAAAUCAAGGUUUAUCUCUACAACCGGAGGGGGAGGUUGAUAGUGCAGAACGUCGCCAUUGGUGAAGUGGGCAAAGUUCAAGAUUUUUGGGACCUUGCCGACACCAUAGACGCUCAGAGCGUUCAUUGAGAUGUGUAUCGGCGUCGAUGGGAGGCGUCCGGCCCGUCCUACCUCCGCUGCGAAAUGCCAUUGUUAAUGUCUCUUUGUACUUGUUUUAUCAGUGGGUCGGAAAUUUCGAACAUUCUGAUAAGUGCCCAGAGAACCUGAACUAAUGGAUACAGCCCUUGUGUUAUUUUUGUUUGUUCAAUGUAUCCGACUUGUUGAACGUGUGUUUUCGGAAGCAUUUCAGAUCUCAGCGGACUUUUAAAAGAGAAAGUUCACAUUGUGUAUAAUUCGAUGUAUAUGUCAUUGUAAAUAAA